AUGCUGUCGCGCUCGUCCACUUGCAUGGGAGUCGCCAAGGAGGUCCUCCACGGCGCUGAGGCUCGCUCGCGCAUGCUCGUCGGUGUCAACCGCAUUGCCGAUGCUGUGGCCGUCACCAUGGGCCCAAAGGGUCGCAACGUGGUCAUCGAGCAGAGCUUCGGGUCCCCUAAGGUCACUAAGGAUGGUGUUACUGUCGCCAAGGCCAUCGACCUCCCCGACAAGAUGCAGAACGUCGGUGCCGCCCUCAUCAAACAGGUGGCUUCCAAGACUAACGACAUUGCCGGUGAUGGCACUACCACCAGCACAGUGCUUGCUCGCGCCAUCUACCGUGAGGGUUGCAAGGCUGUUGCUGCUGGCAUGAACCCUAUGGACUUGAAGAGAGGCAUUGACGCCGCAGUGAAGGUGGUCAUGGAUGAGCUCAAGGCCCGCGCUCAGCCGAUCUCAACCGCCCAGGAAAUCCAACAGGUGGCGACGAUUGCCGCGAAUGGUGAUAAGACUAUCGGCAGUCUCAUCGCUGAGGCCUUCGAGAAGGUCGGCAAGGACGGCACCAUCACCGUGUCUGACGGCAAAACCAUGGAGCAUCAGCUCGAGGUUGUGGAAGGCAUGCAAUUCAACCGUGGUUACAUCUCUCCCUACUUUAUCACCAAUAACAAGACACAAUCGGUCGAGUUCGAGAAUCCUCUUAUUCUGGUGCACGAGAAGAAGAUCAGCUCCAUUCAGUCCAUUCUUCCUGUGCUCGAGUACGUCGUGAAACUGCAGCGUCCUCUCCUCAUCAUUGCUGAGGAUGUCGAUGGCGAGGCCUUGGCUACUCUCGUUGUCAACAAGCUCCGUGGCGGUCUCAAGGUCUGCGCUGUCAAGGCCCCCGGUUUCGGCGACAAUCGCAAGUCGCAGAUGCAGGACAUCGCAACUGUCUGCGGCUGUGAGGUUGUCAGUGAGGAUACUGGUACCAAGCUCAGCGACGACUUCGACCCUGCAUUGCUCGGCUCAUGCAAGUCUGUGUCGGUGAAGAAGGACGAUACCAUCAUCCUUGAUGGAGCAGGCUCUCGAGAGGAAGUCGAUGACCGUUGCGAGACUCUCCGUGAUGCGAUUGAGAACACCAGUAGUGAAUACGAGAAGGAUAAGCUGAAGGAGCGUCUUGCCAAAAUGAGUGGCGGUGUUGCUGUGAUUAAGGUUGGCGGUUCCUCCGAGGUGGAAGUUUCGGAAGUUAAGGAUCGUCUCAAUGACGCCCUUAACGCCACUAAGGCCGCUGUUGAGGAGGGUAUCGUCCCCGGUGGUGGAGCUGCUCUCUUGAGAGCCAGCAAGAAGUUGGACGAUAUGAAGUUGGACAACUUCGACCAGGAGGUCGGCUGCAACAUCAUCCGCUCUGCGUGUAAGCAGCCGUGCAAGACCAUUGUGGAGAACGCUGGUGAGGAGGGUGCCGUCGUGGUGCAGAAGCUCCUCAGUGAUGACCACUACCAUAAGGGAUAUAAUGCACAGACUUCUGAAUACGUUGACAUGCUACAACAGGGUAUUGUUGACCCCACGAAGGUGGUCCGAACUGCCCUGGCUGAUGCUGCUAGUAUUGCCAGUUUGAUGACUACUACUGAGACGGUCAUCUGUGAUCUUCCCGAGAAGGAGAAGUCUUCUUCCGCUCCCGACAUGAGCGGCAUGGGCGGCAUGGGUGGCAUGGGCGGUAUGAUGUAA